GGCUCGGGUGCACGGAGCGCGGCAGGGAGAGAGCAUCGUGGAUCCGCCACGCUGGAGUUGGAGCUGGAGUUCCGUGCGGCCGGAGGGCAGCGGCUCCUCCCGGCCCGCCCGGGAGCAGAGAAUGAGCCCGAAGCUGUGGCGUCCCGGCGGAAAGGCCGUGCCCAGAACGUGCUGCGCUGGUUCACCACCGUAGUGCUGUGUGCCGCCUUCCUGGGGCUGGGACUGAGUGUUGCGAUACUGGGACCCACCUUUCCAGAUUUGGCGAGGAAUGUGAACCGAAACAUCAGCAGUCUGUCUUUCAUUUUUGUGGGUCGUGCCUCGGGCUAUUUAUGUGGCUCUAUGAUUGGAGGAGUUCUUUUUGGGUGUAUAAAUCAUUUUUUACUUUUGGGGGUGUCACUUUGUGCUACCACAGUUGGACUUUAUCUUACUCCAUUCUGCAGGACAGCCGUCUUACUGGUUGUCAUGAUGUCUGUCUUUGGUAUUUCGAUGGGCAUUCUGGAUACAGGUGGGAACGUCCUCAUCUUGGCUCUUUGGGGAGACAAAGGAGCCCCACACAUGCAGGCCUUGCACUUCAGUUUCGCCUUGGGUGCCUUUCUGGCUCCCCUGCUGGCUAAAUUGGCCUGGGGGACAACAGCAUCCACUCAGAACCACACAGAGACAGACUUUGUUCCUCUAAUGCUCAACCGAUCCUCUGGAGCCACCUCAGACUCUCUGUUUGCAGCGCCUGAGGACAAGAACCUGCUGUGGGCCUAUGCUUCCAUUGGCACCUACAUUUUAGUAGUCUCUGUCUUUCUGUUUGGUCUGUUUUGUAAGAAACAAUCAAAGCAGGAAAAAGCCAUAGCAACUGCUCAGGAAGCUCGAAGAGCUAAAUAUCACUGGGCCCUGCUCUGUCUCCUCUUCCUCUUCUUCUUCUUUUAUGUUGGAGCUGAAGUGACCUACGGCUCUUAUGUUUUCUCAUUUGCCACCACCCAUGUUGGAAUGAAAGAAAGUGAAGCAGCCGGCUUGAACUCCAUCUUCUGGGGGACCUUUGCAGCCUGCAGGGGCCUGGCCAUCUUCUUUGCAACAUUCUUACAGCCUGGAACCAUGAUUGUGUUGUGCAACAUAGGCAGCCUUGUCUCAACUUUCUUUCUGGUGCUGUUUGAUAAGAGCCCUCUUUGCCUCUGGAUCGCAACUUCUGUGUAUGGAGCCUCCAUGGCAGCCACAUUUCCCAGUGGCAUUUCCUGGAUUGAGCAGUACACCACCUUAACUGGGAAAUCCGCAGCAUUCUUUGUAAUUGGUGCCGCCCUGGGAGAAAUGGCGAUUCCUGGAGUAAUCGGAAUUCUUCAGGGACACUACCCAGAUCUGCCAGUAGUUCUCUACACGGGGCUGGGGUCAGCCAUGUUCACUGCUGUCUUGUUUCCUGUGAUGUAUAAAUUAGCCACCUUACCUCUGGGUCACCAGCCAAAAGGAAGAAAGAGUGAGGACCAGAGAGCUUUGCUUUCCAGCUCUGAGCUCAAUGACUGUGAAGAAGAGAAUGAGGAGGACGAUGCAGAAAAAUGGAACGAAAUGGAUUUUGAAGUGGUUGAAAUGAGUGACCCAGUGCAGGAGUCUGGAAGGGAUACAGCUAGAGACACCCUGAGGGAGCCCACCCCUGAGGUUUCCGAUCAGUUCCUCUCAAAUGCAUACUUUUCAGUCAGUAGCAGCAACUCUCUCCGGAAUCACCAGGACAAGAGGGACUGACAGUCAGGAGAUGACUUACUGAAUGACUCCAAGGAGUCAUCGCCACUCCUGAAGGCCCCACUCAGAGAAGAGACUUUCAGCAUGCUUUGGCAAUUGAAAUUUGUGGGUGUCCACAGCAAGCGUUGAAACUGAAGUGUUCUAGAAUUCUCAGAGUCUUCUGUAAACUACCGUUUGUUCUUGUUUUGACUGUUUUAUGGUCUCCACCUUUGGGAAGGCAUUUGUGUGUAAAGAGCUGGCGAGUGUGCCGGAAGUCAACACUGUAGACCAGUGGAGCUGCUUGGCUGAGCAAAUGAUCAUACGUCUGUAUUCUCCCAGGGGCUUGUGGAGAGUAGCCAGGUGAAUGGAAAGAUGUUUUUCUUAGUUUUACCCUCUGUAUAGGGUUGUGCUGAAAAAUACUGCUAUUUUCUUACUUUUGUGAGAACACAGGAGGCCAUAAUUUCUAGAUCGAUUUCUAGCUUCCUUCCUGACUUCAUUUGGUCUCCUGUGAUUCUAGAAAUGCAGAUGAGAUUAUUUCCAAAUUGUAGGGUUUGGGUUGUUUUGUUUCUUGAGUCUUACUUUAUAGUCCAGGCUGGCCUGGAAUUUAUUAAGUAGCCCAGGUUCGCCUCUGACUCAACAUCCUGUGUCUGUCUCCUAAAUUUUGUGCUAGAGGUGUGUGCCACCAUGCAUGGUGAAACAUGUACGUUUUAAAGUUGUAUAAUCUCUUUGCUAAACCAGCCCAUGAAUGUCAAAUGUAAGGUAAAACCAAGUGAUGGGCUGCCCUCCAAAUGUGCUACAGCUUGUGAAAUCCUGCAGUUUAGCAAGCAGUUGAGUAGCACCCGAAUUCAUUCAUCUAUAACACACCCCUCUCCCUUACACUCAAGGGACAUCCCUUAAGUACUCUAGUAUAGUCUUGUCUUGUUUCCCACGCUGCAUCCCAGUCACUGUAUCAUGUUCGUGUGGUACAGCAGUUCACUGCAUUUCAGAGAUUAUGGUAUAUUUUUGCGGACACUUUAAAAGAGGUUAUUUUUAUAUACGAGUCUGUAUCCUGUUCAGAGAGGAUCUGGAGACAUUCUGUUGAUUGUAUGUAAUUGUUGUUGUUUUUUUAUUUUUUUAUAAAAAUUGUUUAUUUUAU